AUGUCCCACACCAACAAUGGCUGCCAGUUUAUUUAUCCCAAGCUCCACCCACACCCUCAGUUCUCACAGGGAAGAACAUAUAGAGAGUCGCUCACUGAAGGAGAAAGAGACUCCAGAAACCGACUCCUGUCCCAGAGCAGUCACAGCCGGUGCCCCAAGCGAAGAACAUGGACAAUAGAGCUCAUUGAUAGAGCACCCAUAGAGCACCCAUCGCUGCUACAUAUUCUCAGUGUUGGUGCUGAGCUCAGCGAGACAUGGGUGGCUGUUGUGGUCAUCCUCACCACCACCCGCACCAUCACGUUCACCCUCCGCACUAUCAUCCUCACCCUCCGCAUCAUCCUGUUUACCCUCCGCACUAUCCUGUUCAUAACCCGCAUCAUCAUGAUCACCAUGGGCACCAUCAUGAUCACCAUGGGCACCAUCAUGAUCACCAUGGCCACCAUCAUGAUCACCAUGGGCACCAUCAUGGCCACCACGGGCACCAUCAUGGUCACCAUGGACAUCAUUAAACCUCCAGUCUUGCAGCAGGAAGAAUUCCUGUUUAGGAAGCAUCAUAUAUCCCCCCGUGAUCAAGUGACUGAUUUUCUAUUCUUCCUGCUGGAGGGGGGCGCUUGACCUUAGCCUAUAAUGCAGCAAAUCAUUACUAAUGUCUUAUACAAGUUUCUUGCAGUGGAAGUUUGGACCGGCCUCCCAGCUUGUUCCAGCGCUCCCUGUUCCAAGGGAAGGUCUUCUGUUUGCUCUUAUGUGUUUGGAAUCUGAGGCCCCCCAGCCUACAGUCUUUCCUGGAGUUCCCCCCAUUUUCAGAUCAUGUGCUCCCAUGAGUUUGGCAUUAUUUGCCCUGUAUGGAUCCUGUGUAUCUAGGAGAGGGGUUCUGCCCAUGGCCCAGCCAACUUGGCAUCUAUCCCUGUAUCUAUGCACUGGGCACCCCCAGCCCUUCUCCCACCUGUUGGGCUCACAGCUCCACAUGAGUAGUUGAGAGGAAGGCUUGAUUCAGGAUCUAUAAAGUGCCCAAUGGAGUAUUGGCCGGGAGGUGGCUGUAGGCAAUAGAGAGAGGAGAGGACAAAAGAGAGAGGACAGUGGGAGUAGGGGAAACACAGGGAGAGCCGGACAGACAUUGGGGUACAGAGGAAAGGGGGAGAGGAAAGGGGGACAGAUGAAGGUGCUGAUCUCUACUGGAGCUGUAACACUGGGCCUUUGGGGGUGACUGGGCUGAAUUAGCUCCCUUCAUGCUGAGACCUGGGGGCUCAUUUAUGAACACAAGGGCAGACAGCCAAGUGCCCAGUUGGACACAAAAUUGAGGAUUCCCUGCUUUGUGGGUAAAUAUCAUGGUGACUUGCACCCCAGAGGGGCACUUUUCCCAUUGCCCUGGGUUAGUAAAAGAGCCCCCUAAUCCUGGAUUUAGUGCAUCCCUACUAUAUUAUUCCCUGUACCGCAGCCCCCUGGGAAUUUCUCUUUAUCUUUCUCAUCCUGAACUUGCCCUUGGAAAGCAAAUACAAAAUGUGUGGUGUUUCGUAACCUGUAUCCUAUGAAAUAAUCCAUGAUUUUUAUGUGACGCUAAUAAUCUCUGACUGAAUAAUAAUGAUAAUGAACUGGGGUGUAAUUUACAAACAUUCGCAAUUAAACCAAUAAAGUUACCCAGAGAGGAUCAGCUGACCCUGUAUUUACUCCCGGCACAGUUCCACACUGCUGGUGGGACUACCCUUGCCCAUGUUAGCGGGGGCCCCUUUAUAACCUGCUGACCCCUUGUGGGUUGGGCUCCAUAGCCAGGUGAUCCCUGGAUCUUCCUUUUCUCCCAGAAGUGCACUGGGGCUCCCAGCCAAUCAGGUUUCUCUCCAGUCUGUAACCAGGCAGAAAAAUAGACAGAAAAACAGAUGAAAGAGUUUUUGGAUCCCCUAUCACAUCUCACUUAUUGUUUUAAGCCCAUUAUAUAUAUAUAUAUACUGUAUGUAUAUAAAAUUUGGUCACAGACAAGUUUUAGACACAGACCAAUAGCUUUAUUUGCCCUUUUUUAUAUGGGGUGUAACCAAUACAAAACUAGGGAAAGUCGAGAGUAGUUUUAAUCCCAUUCGCUAACCCAUAACAACCAAGCAGGGCAGUUAAAAUGCAGAAUGCUUUUGUCUUGGUUGCUAUGGAUCAGGGAGUGUUGGCAACCUUACUUUGGCCUAAUUAGCCCGACAGUGGGCAGAUAAUACCAGUACAUGCCUUUCCUUUGGAAAUCCCACGGAUUGGAAAUGAAUGGAGACCUAUCAGAAAUAUCCCUUGGGCUACAGCAACUACUACUGGGCAGUGUUUCAUCCUCAUUAUGAGGGGUUCACAAACAAACGUUGGGGGGCUGGGGCGUCAUGGAGGGCAAAUGGAUAUAACUUAAAGCAGCAGAAGAAGAAAGAAGGGAACAAGCAACAAGGAAGAAACACCUUUAGGGUGAAGAUACACUGAGCUACUAGUAGCAGCUACUUUUUUAAGGCUACUAAACUCCAGAAAAUCCCCUGCCAUAGACAAUAAUGAGAAUUGCCCCUGCUAAAACACACGUAGAGACAGUUAUCAGUAAAACAUCACCAUUGUCUGUUUUAGUAGCCAAGACAACAAGCUGCUACUAGUAGCUCAGUGUGUCUUCAGCCUUAAGAAUAGCUGCACAGACAUCACACACAGACAGUAGGAUAAUAUAGUUAGAAUAUAUUUAUUAGAAGCCUUGUAUGCUGGAUGCUUCUCUUACUGUAGGAUUCAAUGUAACUGUGAUAAUAUUGUUUGAUUGUAUUGAUUGUAGUAAUUAAACUUCUGUGUUCAUAAGGUA